GGCCGACUCGAACAUCAUUAUAGUAAAUAGAUUUUAUGCGAAUUUGCACGUAGUUCAUUGGUCUUAUACUGUGGUUUUAUUACCGUCAUUAAUCAUUAUUACAGACUUGUGAUUAUUACCCAUUCUUAACAGUGAACUUGAAAAUAUUUGUUACGUUUGAUUGUGGCUAUUGUUUUCCUUCGCAAUUACGUAUACCGGUUAUUGUUCAUUACUUAUUGUUUACCAAUCCAGCUUGAUGGCGGGGUGGAAUGAAAAUCAAUUAAGGAAGUACAACAUCAAACUGGAAAAAAUACCUACAUUACAGUAUGAUGAUCCUAAAUUGGACUCGCAUCUUACUAAUAAUUAUCCUGUAUUAAUCAAAGGAUCAAAAUUAGUUUCUCGUGUAUUGAAAUGGGAUUUAGAUUAUUUGAAACAACAUAUGAGCUCAGUAUGUUGCAAUGUUAUAGUAUCAAAAAAUCAUAAAUUUAAGUAUUAUGAUCCGAAGAAAAUUACUCCUAAUAUGACAUUCAAGCCAAUUAGUCGACCUAGUCCUAUGAUUUUUUCAGAGUUUGCUGAUAAAAUAACAAAUUGGAAAAAAGGAGAUUCCAGAUUAUAUCUGCAACAAGUACUAAAUAAUACAAUUGGCCAACAUGUUGUUCGAGAUUUUGUUAUGUUUAAUUGGGAUUGGAUUAUGUCAAAACAAAAAAUAUGUAAAUGGGGUCCACUGUCAUCAAACCUCAUUCUAAUUGCACAAGAAGGUAAUGUUACUCCUUGUCACUAUGAUGAGCAACAAAAUAUGUUUGCUAGUAUUAGAGGCUAUAAAAGAUUUAUUUUAUUUCCACCUAGUCAAUUUGAAUGUCUAUAUCCACAUCCAGUUCAUCAUCCUUAUGAUAGACAAAGUCAAGUGGAUUUUGAUAACCCAGAUUUCACAAAAUUUCCAAAAUUCAAAGAAGCAUGUGGAUAUGAAGUAAUUGUUGGACCUGAAGAUGUCUUAUAUAUACCUAUGUAUUGGUUCCAUCAUGUUGAAUCCCUAAAACAUGGAGGCUAUACAGUUUCAAUAAACUUUUGGUUCAAAGCUGGUUCUGUUGAAAAAAUUGAAUAUCCUUUGCUAGAUUAUCAAAGAAUGGUUAUUAUGAGAAACGUAGAAAAAAUGUUAGCUGAAGCACUACAUGAUCCAAGUGAAGUUGGAAAUAUGCUGAAGACAAUUUUUUUAGGUCGAUAUUCAUCCGAUGUUGAUUAAUUUGAUAUUGUCAAAAUUUUAUAUUUAUUAUUUUAGAAAAGAUCUGUUUGAACAAUAUUUAUUUGAAAAUAAGGUAAUUUCUUAACCUAAGUUACCUAAAAAAGCUACCUAUAAAAAAAAAUCUUAAUAAAUAUUUUCAAUAGUAAGUGAUUAUUAUAUUAUAAAUAAUUCAUAUAAUGUUACCUUUAUU